AUGUCUGAUUUCGAAGACGAGAUGGACGUUGACGUCCCCACGACCUCAAAAGACGUCACCUUCUCGUCUGACAACACAGCCAAAGGCAAGCGGAGCGCUGCCAAUCUCCCAGUCGAAGCCGAAGACUCGCUACCAUGGGUAGAGAAGUACCGGCCAGUAUCCCUCGCCGACGUGUCGGGCCAUCAUGAUAUCCUAGCUACCAUCAACAAGUUUGUUGAUUCAAAUCGGCUUCCUCACCUACUACUCUACGGCCCCCCCGGAACGGGCAAGACCUCCACGGUGCUGGCCCUCGCGAGACGGAUAUACGGAACAGAGAACAUGCGACAGAUGGUGCUAGAGCUGAACGCCUCGGACGAUCGCGGCAUUGAUGUCGUGCGUGAACAGAUCAAGACGUUCGCAUCGACAAAGCAGAUCUUCACCAUGGGUGGCGCGUCAAGGAAGGGGGGGAUGGCAGCCUACAAGCUCAUCAUUCUAGACGAGGCCGAUGCUAUGACCAACACAGCACAGAUGGCACUGCGAAGAAUUAUGGAGAAGUACACAGCCAACACACGGUUCUGCAUUAUUGCGAAUUACACACACAAGCUCUCCCCGGCCCUGCUAUCCAGAUGUACACGAUUCCGAUUCAGUCCGCUGAAGGAGGACGACAUUCGGGUCUUGGUGGACAAGGUUAUUGCUGAGGAGGGAGUCAAGAUCGGCGGCGAGGCUACAGAUGCCCUUGUCAGAUUAAGCAAAGGAGACAUGCGACGAGCGCUCAAUGUCCUUCAAGCGUGCCACGCAUCAAGCACCCCGAUGCAGCCCAGAGACGGACCGAAGGUAGCCGAGAAGGACGUUGUUCGAGAGAUGAUCACGACCGAGACCAUCUACAAUUGCAUAGCAGCCCCUCCACCCGAAGCUAUCACGAAGAUCGCCAACGUGCUACUGACCACUAGCGACGUCACCACGUGCCUCUCAACCAUCAAUACCCUCAAGGCUGCAAAUGGUUUGGCCUUGGCCGACAUCAUCACUGCGCUGUCAGAACAGUUGGUCAUGAUGGAGGUGAAGCCCGAGGCUAUGAUCCGCUGGCUGGACGGCCUGGCCGAGAUCGAAUACAGAGUCUCGGGGGGCGGAAGCGAGGCGAUACAGACCGGCGCAGUAGUGGGCGUUGUAAGAGAAGGAUGCGAGCUUAUGGGAUAA